AUGUCGGUUACUUUGGUUCUCCUACGGAUCUCCUCAUUUCUGAUUACCACUUUGGGACAAUACCAUGGUAACCCUUACGGAGCAGUGAAUGCAGUUGCAGCAGAAACAGCAAUGGCUAACAAUAUAGCUUACAAUGCUGCUGCUAAAGCUGGAAUAGCAAAUAGUAUGAUAGCAGACGCAGCAUUCACUAACAACUUAGCAGGAUUCAAUCCAGAACUGGGACAUUUCAAUGGAGGUAGUUUUAUGGUCAGAAGCUCUUCGCCUAUAGCUCCAAGUGGAGUAACUGUACAAUCAGAGAAUCUUUUAGUGGAAGGACCACUGGCUGUCCAGGGUCAAAUGCCAUUCUUAGGAGUAGUGGCCGUAGAAGGUCCUUUGACUGCGACAGGUCAAGGAUCAGUAUCAUAUGGGAGUGGCAACGGAAAUGUGGGAAUGGUAGGAGAGAGCAUUGAAGGUAUGCCAGCUUCUGGCUACGGUGCUGGUAAUUUUGGAAUGGCAAAUGGUCUAAAUGGUAUGCCAAUAGCUCGCAAUGGUAAUGGAUUAGGUGUAUAUAAAAGAUAAUAUUAUAUUGUUUAAUAAAUUAUACGUUGUUAUUUA